CACAAAACCCAGAAACCCUCGCGCCCACUCUUCUCCCUCCCCUCGAGAAGUCGGAGUGCUGUUUUUGUUGGUGGUGAAAGGUGAGGGGAACAGCUGAUCCAUCUGUUGGAGGAGGACAGAUAUCUCAAGGCUAGGAUGGAAGAAUCACCACUAAGCCGGGCACCAUCCCGUGGUGGAGUCAACUUUCUGAAUGUAGCCCGGACCUACAUCCCCAACACCAAGGUGGAAUGUCACUAUACCCUUCCCCCAGGCACCAUGCCCAGUGCCAGUGACUGGAUUGGCAUCUUCAAGGUAGAAGCUGCCUGUGUUCGAGAUUACCACACAUUUGUGUGGUCUUCCGUGCCUGAAAGUACAACUGAUGGUUCCCCCAUUCACACCAGUGUCCAGUUCCAAGCCAGCUACCUGCCCAAACCAGGAGCUCAGCUCUACCAGUUCCGAUAUGUGAACCGCCAGGGCCGGGUGUGUGGGCAGAGCCCCCCUUUCCAGUUCCGAGAGCCAAGGCCCAUGGAUGAACUGGUGACCCUGGAGGAGGCUGAUGGGGGCUCUGACAUCCUGCUGGUUGUCCCUAAGGCAACUGUGUUACAGAACCAGCUCGAUGAGAGCCAGCAAGAACGGAAUGACCUGAUGCAGCUGAAGCUGCAGCUGGAGGGACAGGUGACAGAGCUGAGGAGCCGAGUGCAGGAGCUCGAGAGGGCUCUGGCAACUGCCAGGCAGGAACACGCGGAGCUGAUGGAACAGUAUAAGGGGAUUUCCCGGUCCCAUGGGGAGAUCACAGAAGAGAGGGACAUCCUGAGCCGGCAACAAGGAGACCAUGUGGCACGCAUCCUGGAGCUGGAGGAUGACAUUCAGACCAUCAGUGAGAAAGUGCUGACGAAGGAAGUGGAGCUCGACAGGCUUAGAGACACAGUGAAGGCCCUGACUCGGGAACAGGAGAAGCUCCUUGGGCAACUGAAAGAAGUACAAGCAGACAAGGAGCAAAGCGAGGCUGAGCUCCAAGUGGCACAACAGGAGAACCGUCGCUUAAAUUUGGACCUGCAGGAGGCCAAGAGCUGGCAAGAGGAGCAGAGUGCUCAGGCCCAGCGACUGAAAGACAAGGUGGCCCAGAUGAAGGACACCCUAGGCCAGGCCCAGCAGCGGGUGGCUGAGCUGGAGCCCCUGAAGGAGCAGCUUCGAGGGGCCCAGGAGCUUGCAGCCUCAAGCCAGCAGAAAGCCACCCUUCUUGGGGAGGAGUUGGCCAGCGCAGCAACAGCCAGGGACCGCACCAUAGCCGAACUACACCGCAGCCGCCUGGAAGUGGCUGAAGUUAACGGCAGGCUGGCUGAGCUCGGUUUGCACUUGAAGGAAGAAAAAUGCCAAUGGAGCAAGGAGCGGGCAGGGCUGCUGCAGAGUGUGGAGGCAGAGAAGGACAAGAUCCUGAAGCUGAGUGCAGAGAUACUUCGAUUGGAGAAGGCAGUUCAGGAGGAGAGGACCCAAAACCAGGUGUUCAAGACUGAGCUGGCCCGGGAAAAGGAUUCUAGCCUGGUACAGUUGUCAGAAAGUAAGCGGGAGCUGACAGAGCUGCGGUCAGCCCUGCGUGUGCUCCAGAAGGAAAAGGAGCAGUUACAAGAGGAGAAGCAGGAAUUGCUAGAGUACAUGAGAAAACUGGAGGCCCGCCUGGAGAAGGUGGCAGAUGAGAAGUGGAAUGAGGAUGCUGCCACAGAGGAUGAGGAGGCCACUGCAGGACUGAGCUGCCCGGCAGCUCUGACAGACUCAGAGGAUGAGUCCCCAGAAGACAUGAGGCUCCCACCCUAUGGCCUUUGUGAGCAUAGAGACCCAGGCUCCUCUCCUGCUGGGCCCCGAGAGGCUUCUCCCCUCGUUGUCAUCAGCCAGCCGGCUCCCAUUUCUCCUCACCUCUCUGGGCCAGCUGAGGACAGUAGCUCUGACUCGGAGGCUGAAGAUGAGAAGUCAGUCCUGAUGGCAGCUGUGCAGAGUGGGGGUGAGGAGGCCAACUUGCUGCUUCCUGAACUGGGCAGUGCCUUCUAUGACAUGGCCAGCCAAGAAAAGGAGAUACAGGUAUGGUUAACAACGAAAAUGACUCACUGCUCCAAAUCCCAGAUGCCUUCAGGUAAUCCCUCCCCCUAUCUUAUCAAUGCACUCAGAGGUCCUGCCUUUAACUGGCUUCUAUGUUGUUCUAGCACCAUCUUCCGCAGAGCCCAAAUUGCCCUGCUUCCCCUCUCUCCUGCCUCUACCCCUUCCCCAACCACCAGGUAGGUACCUAGGAUCCUCCGGGGAGGAAGGGAGGUGACCAUGGCCCCCAGGGAUAGGCGCAGAGAGAAGACUGGGAUCCAGCAUCCAUCUGGCUACACCUGAAAUGCUUUCCCUCUUCCCUCACUUCCCUGGGUGACCGUUAGGGAAGGGAACCUACGGGGGUGGGGGUUUCAGGUAUCAGAUUGUCCCCUUCUGCCUUCCCUUUUAUUCCCAGGGUCAAGGGGCAGGCACAGGGAAGAGAGAUUUGAUCAUCUAGUCCCAGUUUUGCCUGGAUGUGAGAUGGGCUCAGGGCAGGGAGGGGGUGAUGCUGUCAUCCUUCUCGGCUGGAGCAGGAAGAUGAAGGACGAUGUCAGACUCAUUUUCAGCCUCAUUAGGCAGCAGACGGAGAUAGAGGGAGGAGAGCAGGAGGUUGGGGGAUGGGCUCUGCACUGCAGAGACCAGCAGAGACUAAAGAAGAGGGGACAUGGGGAACUGGAAAAAUAAGGCUUCCAGAAUUGUGGGGAGAAAGACGCUGUGGGAGAGGCCAGGAUGCUGCAUUUGGCACAGGAUAACCUGGGAACCCAGGCACAUGGGUCCUGCUCCCUGAAGUCUGCAAGUCAAGAAGGGAACAGAGCACGCCGACCCUCUCCCUUUCCCCUCUGUCUCUCUUAGUGGCUUUACAGUGGGUCCCCUGUCAGAAACCAGCACUGGGGGCCCUGCCACCCCCACAUGGAAGGAGUGUCCUAUCUGUAAGGAGCGCUUUCCUGCUGAGAGUGACAAGGAUGCCCUGGAGGACCACAUGGAUGGACACUUCUU